CUACAACAAUAGAUUAUGUGCACAAGUGUUCGAAUCUCUCCGUGUAAUGGACAUAACAUUUGUCAUACAAAAUACGGAACAUAUAAAACAGUUGCAAAACCAUACAUGGAACGCAAAGAGUUGAUGUUGAGUUUCCACAAUUUAAUCAAACGAGAUGAAGAACUGUAUGGGUACACAAACUAUGCGAUGGAGACACCGACGCCCACCACGGGUGACUGCAUGCAGGGUAUCUUCCACCCCAUGGACUCCCUGACACAGGCCCUAGACUCGGACUUUGAUGAAAGUCUAGCGGUUCCUGAGUCCCUCUCCGUGAUUGGAGAAAAAGGGGACACCAGGGAGGAACUUGAUUCUGUAACGACAGCCGUCCCAUUCAUAGAAGUCCACAGGCCUCCAGUUAAAUUUAACUCGGUGCAUCGAAAAGUGUUCAUUCCUGGCGUGGAAAUUAAGGUCAAAUUCGUGGAAAAUGAGAGGAGCGUCACUACACAUCUGAUCAAUCCAAAUUUAUAUACAAUAGCCCUCCAACAUGGCGAGUUCUCAUGGACGAUCAAGAAACGCUACAAACACAUUUUAUACCUCCACCAACAGCUCACUUUGUACCGGACGUCGCUCGACAUUCCAUUUCCGACCAAAAGUCAUAAAUCCAGAAGAGCUAGUUUCAAAAAUACGGUCAACACUGAGGAGAAGGCUGAAAGGGUUGCGUUGCAGGCCUUGCCGAGGUCAGACUCGAAGAAACGGGAACAGAAGCCGAGGAAAAGAAAGGGGGCGUUGCCGAGGUUUCCAAAGAAACCAGAGGUGAUGAUUACAUACGAAGGCAUACAGUUAAGAAUGAAGCAAUUAGAAGAAUACUUGUACAAUCUACUUAAUAUAUCAAUUUAUAGAAACCAUUAUGAAACGGUAAAAUUUUUAGAGGUGUCAAAUCUAUCUUUCAUCGCGGAUUUAGGAGGGAAAGGCAAAGAAGGAAUUAUUCUCAAACGGACCGGCUCCACACAGCCGGGACAAGCAGGGUGUAAUUGUUUUGGUCUACUCGGUGCUAUGGUGUGUGUAAGAUGUAAUUACUUCUGCACCGGUCUGGUUUGCGCGAAAUGGCAAGAGCGAUGGUUCUUCGUGAGGGACACAUUCUUCGGCUACAUCAGACCUAGAGAUGGAGCCAUCAAGGCGAUCAUGCUGUUCGAUCAAGGGUUUGAAGUGUCCAGCGGCAUGUACUCCACGGGCAUGAACCACGGACUACAAAUACUGAACCAGAGCCGUCAGAUGGUGAUCAAAUGCUGGACGAAGAGGAAGAGUAAAGAGUGGAUACAGUAUCUCAAAGCGGUGGCUAACCAGAGUGCUCGCGAUUUCACCCAGCCGAACUUACACCACUCAUUCGUGCCCCCGCGCGCCGCCACCCCCGUGGGGACGCUGGUGGACGGCUCUGCCUACCUCGCCGCCAUCGCAGACGCGAUGGAACUCGCCCGGGAAGAAAUAUUCAUAGCGGACUGGUGGCUGAGUCCUGAAAUAUAUAUGAAGAGACCCGCACUCAGCGGCAACUAUUGGCGCCUUGACACUAUACUGAAAAGGAAAGCUGCUCAAGGCGUCAAAGUCUUCAUAAUGUUAUACAAAGAAGUGGAAAUGGCCAUUGGUAUAAACAGUUACUACAGCAAGACAAGAUUGGUCGGCGACAAUAUUAAGGUUUUCCGUCACCCAGACCACGCUCGGGCGGGCGUACUCUUCUGGGCGCACCACGAGAAGUUGGUCUGCGUGGAUCAGACUGUGGCCUUCGUCGGGGGCAUCGACCUCUGCUACGGGCGGUGGGACGACCAUAGACACAGGUUAACAGACCUCGGCAACAUAGCGCAAUCGGAUCUAUCCAAGACGUCGAUAAGGUCCAAAAAGAAGACGUCAAGUUCCCCCGGCGGGGGACUCUACCUACCCCAGGGGAAUGGACUGGAAGCCGCCAUGGAACUAGCCAGGAGCACCAAGGAUCUGGUCAUCAGUUUGAAUGAGGUCACACAACCGGAACAAAAAACACAAGAGACACAAAGCGACACACAGACAGACACAGAAACGGAAACACUGAAACUACCAGUAUUACAACCCGGUGAUCAACUCUUAAUAACAUCAUCACACGAAGCCGACAAAAAACUGAGUCCCGAUUCGAACGACAGUCCAGAAAUACAAAAACGGAACGUGCUCAACAAAAUCACCACUAGAGGCAAAGACAUCAUCAGUAUUAUAUACCCGCCGUACGAAGAGGAACGGAACGAACAGAAAUUGGACGAUAGAGAACGUAAAAAAGCUGAGAAAUACGCGUUGUCCACUGAUCAAGUUUUGUUGACUGAAGCGUUUGGAAUUCCUAUUAAGGAUGGAAAGAGGAGUGUUAGUAAGCCUACGCCUCUUGCGCAAGUGGAGGAGGGGAGAGUGAUCACGGAGAGUACUAAGGACGCGUUGGAGGGGAUAGAGGGAAACUCUAAAUUGUGGAUAGGGAAGGACUAUGUCAAUUUCAUUGUGAAGGAUUUCAAUAAUUUGGAUCUGCCGUUUGUUGAUCUAGUCGACAGAAGCACAACGCCCAGAAUGCCUUGGCAUGACCUCGGGGUCGUGAUACAAGGUGCAGCUGCUCGGGACGUGGCCAGGCAUUUCAUACAAAGAUGGAACGCUAUCAAACUGGAGAAAGCCAGGCAAAACACAAACUACCCGUACCUAUUGCCAAAAUCAUACACAAAUAUCCGGCCUCUGCAAGACUUGGACAAAAUUCUAAACAUCGACAUCACUCCGGCUUCAUGUCAGGUUUUACGAAGCGUUUCAAGCUGGUCGUGCGGUUUCCUGGACCCCGACACGGUGGAACAGAGCAUACACGAAGCGUACGUCGAUACGAUAACGAGGGCGCAGCACUACGUUUAUAUAGAAAACCAAUUCUUCAUUACGCUGUCGAGGUCCAACACUAAUGUAAGGAAUCAGAUAGGCGAAGCCCUAUUCAACAGAAUAAUGCGAGCGGUACGCGCCAAGGAAACGUUCAGGGUGUAUGUGGUGAUGCCGCUGCUACCAGGGUUUGAGGGGGAAGUGGGGGCUCCGUCCGGGACUACGUUACAUGUGGUCACCCAUUGGAAUUAUCAGAGCAUAUCCAGGAGCCGUGAAGCAAUCCUGACCCGCCUAUACGAGGCCGGGGUCACUGACCCCUCCCAGUACAUAACAUUCCACGGUCUUCGAACCCACUCUAUAUUGGACGGAGAGCCUAUCACCGAAUUGGUGUAUGUUCAUUCCAAGUUGCUGAUAGCUGAUGAUAAAGUGGUGAUCUGUGGCAGUGCGAACAUCAAUGAUAGGUCCAUGAUUGGCAAGAGGGAUUCGGAAUUAGCUGUGAUUGUACAGGACGAACAAUUCAUAGACGGCACAAUGAACGGCUCAGCGUUCCCGUGCGGUAAAGUGGCCGGGGCGCUUCGUAAACGCCUGUUCCGGGAACACUUGGGGCUGAUGGAGGUGGACCUUCAGCAGGCGGGGAUCAACAUCGACGAUCCUUGCUGCGACCAGUUUUAUAAUAUGUGGAGAAAUACGUCCACUCAGAAUACUGCUAUUUAUGAAGAGGUCUUCCACACAAUACCAACAAAUUCAGUUCACACUUUCGCCGAACUGAAGAAGUUCAAUGAAGAAAACUCCGAAACACUUUGGCACAAAGACAGGGCACUGGCCAACAUGAAGAUUGACGUGAUACAAGGGUACCUGGUCGACAUGCCGCUAGAUUUCCUUUGCAAUGAGGUGCUGACGCCUAGGAAUACUUCUAUGGAAGGCAUGAUGCCUACGGCUUUGUGGACUUGAAAUACGUUUUGCGUUUGCCUUAAAAAAAUAUUUGACAGUUGACAGCUGUCAAUGUCAUUUUCCGCAUGGUUGCAUUGAUGAUGAUGAUUUUCUCAAUCAAAUAAGCUAAAAGCGUAAAUAAAUUAAAGCAUUGUAAUUUGACAAGUACCUGUGUCGUCUUGCAGUCGAAUCCCUAGGGCUUUCUUUGGGUCUAAUCCAUUGAUAUAUUCCAUCUCCAAUAUCGAAAAAAGGAGGUCCCCUUUUUUCAAACGCAAUGAUUCAUUAGUCUUAGAUAUUUAUAUCCAGUUCAAGUUACAUUGCGCAUUUCAAUACUGCCAGUUUUUUUGCAGGGUGGACAAUAGUAUGCUCCUAAGCCAUACCUGUUUUGUUUAUAGAUAUGGUUUAAAUGCAAUUUUUUUUUUAUUGAUCAAAAUAUCUAUUAAUUUAUUCUAAACAUUGACAAAUUUAAUUCAAUCUGAUCACAUCUGAACAUUGAUUAAACUAUUAAAUUAAUACACCAUAGUGUUUGCAUACACGUGAAAUAUUACUAUAACAGUAAGUGAAGGUCAAAAAGUGUUGACUUUACAUUGUUUUUAACCAACUACAAAAAAUAUUUUAACAUUACAUGAGUCUUUUUUAUUUCAUUUUAAUAUUUAAUAAUUUAGUUCAAUGAUAUUUAGAUUUUUCACGCAAAUACCAUUUAAAAAUAAUUCCCCUCAAUGUUUUUAAGAUUAAUAGAUGUAUAUCUGUCAUCACACCGAAUCAAACCUAAAUGUGUAAUCCUUAAGAUAUUUUUAUUAUACAUAUUUAUAUAUUUUAUGGAUACAAAAAUCUUGUGUUACGUCAUUGAUGAACUCAGAAACUACUGAACCCAUUUUAAUCGAAUUUCAUUGAAUAGUUUUUUAUCAGUGAGCCACAGAAAUACCUGGCCAAGUCAGAUGACAGUUAAAUGAAUAUUUUAUCAAAUCUGAAAUGUUUCUUCUUUUUAACAAUUAUGUGCACAUUGUCAUCCAUUCCUAAAAGAAUAAAAAUAAAUGUCGCUCUAGUGGCUUAAGUUUUUAAUGAUUGACUUAAUAAGAAGAUUUGUUAUGUUUUGUGAAAUAUAAUAAUUACUAUUGUAAGAAUAAGUGAUGGUGCAAUUUAUGAGAUUAUGUAUAGAUACUUAUAAUUUAGUUGUGCUACCUCCGUUGAAUGAGUCAUAAUGUAAAGAUAAUUAUUUUUUUUUUAUAUAAUAUGAUAUAUAUGUUACCUGUUACAAACAAAUGAAUGUGCGUUAUGCUGCGCCAGGAGUUAACUUUUAAAAAGAAAACCUGAUUGCUGGUAAAUGUCAAUUACGAACAUACACGUUUUGUUUUUCUGAAGCCAUUUAUUAAACCGGGUACACACUGGACCAACGAACGCGCGCGUAUGUUCAAAAGCUAAUAUGUUUAAAAAAACAGAAAAAAAAUAGUAUAGACCAUUCCAUGAACUGAUUGUUUCCAAUUCAUCGAACCGCCUACUGCAUUUUAUUCUGAAAAAGUGUGUUAAGUUUUUGAUCCUUGCAAAUUUUUUUUAAAUAUUAUCCAAUACACAGAUUCUAAUUAUCACAAUUUUUAUGUUGAUUUAAUGAAUGCUACUAAUAUAUUUAUAUAUUUUAUUUAUUUUGUGCCGUGUUAAAUAAUAAUAAAACAAUUUUUUAUAA